UCAAAGAUUCGAGUCAGUUUACCGAAAGUGAAAGUGUUUCUCAUCCUCGACUCUAUUAUUAAGGAGCGGUUGGAAAAACACAAAGAUGUUCAACAGCAGCCAGAAGCGGUGAGAUUCAUGUCCAACAACAAGCAGUGCUGAAAAAAAAGUGGAAGAGAUCUGCAUCUUCAGGACUCUGUGUGUACACGAGCAUUGAAAAAUGGAGAUCCCUGAUCAGGGGACAGAUCAUGUGACCUCACCCUCAAAAGACUGUAAAGGAAAGAGCAGGAGAUCACAAUCAGCAGGACCCAGCUGUGUCUCCAUGAAGAGUGAUGGGUCUAUGGAUCAUCCUCUCUACUUCAGUAAUGAAAACCCCUCACCUGUACACAGUAAAGGAAAGAUAGAGAGAUCACACUCAGCAGUGCCCAGCUGUGUCUCCAUGAAGAGUGAUGGGUCUAUGAGUCCUCCUCUCAGCUUCAGAACUGGAAUCUCCUCACCUGUACACAGUGUUCUACAGGAGGCAGGAGACAGAAGAGAGAAGAACAUAAUCACAGCUACAGGACACGACCCAGAAUCCACUGCUGCAGAUGAAUUCCAGAAGAAGUUCAAGAACAAUCUGAUGAAGAAGUUUCAGUGUUUGAAUGGAUUGAUGCUAAAGCAGGAAAACCGAACACUCCUGAAUGAGAUCUACACAGAGCUCUACAUCACAGAGGGAGACAGUGGAGACGUCAAUAAAGAACAUGAGGUGAAACAGAUCGAGGCAGCAUCCAGGAGGAACCCAACUGAGGACACACCAAUUAAAUGCAGUGACAUCUUUAAACCCCUACCUGAACAAGACAAAGCCAUCAGGAGAGUUCUGACAAAACUCUUAUCUGAACAAGAUGAAGAACCCAUCAGGAACAUUGUGACUAAGGGAGUAGCUGGAAUUGGAAAAACAGUCUCUGUGCAGAAGUUUGUUCUGGACUGGGCUGAAGGGAAAACAAAUCAGGACAUCCACCUCAUAUUCCCACUUCCUUUCAGAGAGCUGAAUUUGAUGAAGGAGCAGAAACUGAGUCUGGUGGAGCUCCUUCAUGUGUUUUUUAAGGAGAUGAAAGGAAUGGACAUUUCCAGGUUGGAGAAGGUUCUGUUCAUAUUUGAUGGUUUGGAUGAGUGUCGUUUUCCUCUGGAUUUCCAGAAGACAGUGAGAGUGUGUGAUGUAACUGAAUCAGCACCAGUGCAUGUGCUGCUGAUAAACCUGAUCAAAGGGAACCUGCUUCCCUCUGCUUUCAUCUGGAUCACCUCCAGACCAGCAGCAGCUGAUCAAAUCCCCUCUGAGUGUGUCCAUCGAGUCACAGAGGUACGAGGGUUCAAUGACCCUCAGAAGGAGGAGUACUUCAGGAAGAGGAUCAGUGAUCAGAACCUGGCCAAUAAGAUCAUCACACACCUGAAGUCAUUAAGAAGCCUCUACAUCAUGUGCCACAUCCCAGUGUUCUGCUGGAUUUCAGCUGCUGUUCUAGAGAGAAUGUUGGGUGAAGCAGAGAGUGGAGAGAUCCCCAAGACCCUGACUCAAAUGUACACACACUUCCUCAUCAUUCAGACCAACAUCAUAAGAGAGAAGUACCUACAGAAGCAGGAGAGCGAUGAAGAAAUGCUUCUCAAACUGGGAAAACUGGCUUUCCAGCAGCUGGAGAAACUAAACCUGAUCUUCUAUGAGGAAGACCUGAGAGAGUGUGACAUUGAUGUGACAGAAGCAGCAGUGUAUUCAGGUGUGUGUACGCAGAUCUUCAGAGAGGAGUUUGGGCUUCACCAGAGUAAAGUGUACUGCUUUGUUCAUCUGAGCAUUCAGGAACAUCUCGCAGCUCUGUAUGUGCACCUGACCUUCAUGAAGGAACAGAAAAAUGUUCUUCAACAGAAUCAGAAUCAUCUCUAUUUUGAUGAUACACUUUCAGAUGUUCACAGGAGUGCUGUAGAUAAGGCUUUAUACAGUCAGACUGGACAUCUGGAUCUUUUCCUUCGCUUUCUUCUGGGUCUCUCACUCGAGUCCAAUCAGAAACUUCUACAUUCCUUAGUAACACAGACAGGAAGUAGCUCCAUGAACAAAGAGGAAACAGUUCAGUACAUCAAGAAGAAGAUCAGUGAAGAUCAUCCUGCAGAGAAAUCCAUCAAUCUGUUCCACUGUCUGAAUGAACUGGGUGAUGAUUCUCUAGUGGAGGAAAUCCAGCAGUAUCUGAAAUCUGGAGCACAAAGUGAACUUUCUCCUUCACAGUUGUCUGCUCUGGUGUUUGUGUUACUGACAUCAGCACAGGAUCUGGAGGAAUUUGACCUGAAUAAAUACAUCACUCCAGAUAAGAUCAGAGAUGAGAUUCUUGUGAGAGUGAUGCCUGUGAUUGCAGCAUCCAGAAAAGCAAUGUUGUGGUGUUGUGGAGUAUCAGAUGAAGGCUGUGCUGCUCUCGCUUCAGCUCUGAGAUCAAACCCCUCACACCUGAGAGAACUGGAUCUGUCUGGGAAUAAAGUAGGAGACUCAGGAGUGAAGUGUCUCUCUGCUGUACUGGAGAAUCCUCACUGUAAACUGGAGAUACUGAGGUUGUGUGAUUGUGGAGUAUCAGAUGAAGGCUGUGCUGCUCUCGCUUCAGCUCUGAGAUCAAACCCCUCACACCUGAGAGAACUGGAUCUGUCUCUGAAUAAUGUAGGAGACUCAGGAGUGAAGGUUCUCUCUGACCUGAAGGAUGAUGGACAUUACAAACUACAGACACUGAAGUCUAAAGGUUUACCAGGUACAUCAACAGAACAUUUUGAGAAGACAACUGAGGAAUUUGUACAAAUUAGAUCAACAUCUACACAAAGCCCUAACCCUGUACAGGGGCACUCAGGGGAAACAGACGUGUUUACUCCUGAAUUAGGUAAAGACCACCAUGAGGACUGGAACAGUGGAUACAGAUACUACAGGUUUCAUUGUUCUGGUGCUGGGCAGUUUCAGUGUAAAUACACCAACCUUGUGUUUGAAAUGAAGGAGAAAGCUGAAGUGUUGUACAGUAUAGUGUCCUGGGGCAGUGUUCAGUUAGACGGCAUUGGACAGAUGCAGCCUGCAGGACCCCUGUACAACAUCGACUGCUCCGAGGGGUCAAUGUGUAAACUACACCUCCCUCACUGUGAGAUAAAUUCUGAUAAAAUUCAGACUGAACUGGCUGUGGCACAUUUCUCUGAUGGAAAUGUGGAGAUCAUUCAACCUCUGAAAGUAACAGAACAUGUGAUCAUAGACAUAAAAAAUCUCUCUCUCUUUGGACUCCUAAUGAAAAUAUUUUUCGAGGACAAACCGAUCAAGGCGCAGGUCCUUCUCUUCUACAAAGAAAUCCCUGGAAGGACAAAGAAGAGAAAGCUGCACAUGCACUUAUUGCCCCAUAAUGUUCCAGUUAUAGAGGUGCAGAAUCAAUUUCAGCACAACAUGUACGUUGAAAGCAGUUCCACUUGUCAGCUGGUCCCUAGAAAACCAUACAAGCCACGCUGUGAGCAUUAUAAAUGUCAGCCGCAGACUGAGAUAUUUGAGCUUGACUCUGCCCCCAACUAUCACCCCACAUUUGAGGUGAUACUUCCUGAUGAAGCUGAAGAACUCACACUGGGACUUUUGGAUGAACAUGACGAGGAGGUGUGGGCGUCUCGCCAGGUCUUUCUUACAGGUUACAAGAGAGAAGAAGCCAAUUCACCCCAAAUGGUAAAAACAGCUGCUGACUUUGUGGAUAAACACAGAGACAUUCUGAUACAGAAAGUUUCUUCAGUAAUGGAGAUUGCAGAUGGUCUCCUAUCCAAGGAAAUGAUUAAUGAUGAACUGUACAGUAUAAUCAGUGCAGCAGCUACAUCACAGGAGAAAAUGAGAAUCUUGUACACCAACUGCCUCACCUUCAGAGCUGUGAAAGAAGAAUUUUAUACAAUUCUAAAGAAGAAAAAUCCUCACUUAGUAGAUGAGCUGGAGAAUGGGUCAAGCAAUGCUUAGAGGAACCUCAAAGAGAAAGUGGUAGCUCAGUUAUUAAGGUUCUAGCUUACCCAGUAUCACCAAGUUGCCACUUUUGGGGCAUUAAACAUCUGUGCUCCAGUGGUGCUGUCUCAUCGCUUUUCAACAUCACUGGGAUAUGCGAAGAAAGAAUUUACAUGUGCUGUAAUGUACAGGUGACUAAUAAAAAAUCUAAAGAAAA